CUUUCCCUGCCACUAGCCUACAGUGCCUUGUCCUCCGUUUGCUGUCGCCUUUUGUUUUAUGCGUCUGGAGCUGUUUUGGUUGUUGUUAGACGCCACUGUCGGACCUCACAAAUUGGAUGUCCGCGACGCUCCUCAACUUUGAAAACUUGUUUUUUCGUUCGCUUUGUCGCCGGUAAACACCUCUCCUGGAAAGGAUGGCUGCGGUGAAAGCACUGCAGCAGUGGUGUAAAAUUCAGUGUGAUGGAUAUCGAGAUGUGGCUAUCACCAAUAUGACAACGUCCUUCAGAGACGGACUGGCUUUCUGUGCGCUUAUCCACAAGCACAGACCGGACCUCAUAGACUAUGACUCCCUCAGUAAGGAAAAUGUCUACCAUAACAACGAGUUGGCAUUUCGUGUUGCGGAAGAACACCUGGGUAUUCCUGCACUCCUGGACGCUGAUGACAUGGUGGCUCUGAGAGUUCCAGACCGCCUCAGCAUCCUCACCUAUGUGUCCCAGUAUUACAACUACUUCCACGGUCGCUCUCCCAUUGGGGGCAUGGCUGGCAUCAAGAGACCAGCAGAGAACUCUACAGAAGAGCCAUCUGGGAAGAAGAAUCAGCCUGUUAUCGCUAAACCAUUCCCCUUCAAACCCACCCCUGAGAACCACCCGCCCCCAACUACCUCUGUCACCACCCCCUCAAGACCAUCGCCCAAACCAGCCAGAGCUGCCAAUCAGAAGAAGGGUUUGACUGAGAGCUCUAACAAAACGGGUACACUGAGCAGCACCUGUUCAGUUUGUAGAAAUCAUGUGCACCUUGUCCAGCGCCACCUGGUGGAUGGGAAGCUAUAUCAUAGGAAUUGCUUCAAGUGUAGUGAAUGCUCAAAUAUCCUCCUCUCUGGAACGUACAAACCUGGGCCGACGCCAGGAACCUUCAUCUGCACCACUCACCAGGGCACUCAGAUCGGGGGGAAAACCCCAUCUAGUGCAAGUGUUCAAAAGAACGGACCGGUCACAGCUAAACUGGGACCCACCUGGCUGGUGACCAAGAAUAACAGCAGCUCAACCCCCCGCCCAACCUCUGCACUGUCCUCCCCAGCCGUCACCAACAGGACGCCCAGCAGCCCGACCCCUGCUGCCAAAUCUUUGACCCCCUCAGCUCAAAAGAACCAAGCGGCACGCCAGAGGUUCUUCGAGUCAACUCCGUCUGCACAAGACAACCCACCCAACAACAGGUGGUCUGUGGCCACCCCUGAGACCACUGGCAAGGGUAGGGUGCUGCUGAAGGUGGAAGAAGACAAGGACAAAGCUAAGUCUGUGAUUACCAAGAAAUUGACAGAGGCAAACAGCAACAACAACAACACCGUGUAUCAUUCAGGACUCAACAGGCCAACAGACAACAGGUAUGGGAAUAAACCUGCUGAAGCCCCCAGCUGGGAGAGGGAUCAGAAGAGCCCUGGCCUGGGAGGACUGAAGCCGGUCGAACCCUCGCCUCGUGUCAACACAGCAACAGCCACCACAGGGCCACUCUGGAUGAAGACCAAUAGCAAGGAGGCUCCUAGACCACAGAGUACCUUCUCCUCAAACAUCAAAGAUCUCAAUAGCUCGGAGUCUCCAGCAGAUUGGCGCUCUAAACUGAAGCCUGUUUCUAAGGGACCAAAGACCACAGAGUCUAAAGAACCUUCAUUCACCAUAGAGACAAAGAAGAUUUUGGCCCCCUCAAAGCCCACACCCAGCGGCCCUGCCCCCACUCAGCCCCAGAAGCCCACUGGGCUCUCCAUCAGCACCCCUCCCACCACACUCGGCAAUCAAAGAGCACUGUCUCCCAAGCCCUCGCACAAUGGGUCUGAAAGUUGUGGCUUUAAAAAUGGGAAGGGUUCAUCAUCCACGAAUGCCUCCCAGCCUGAAGUGAAGUCACCCAAGACCAAGCCAGACUACAUCCCUAAGGAAGACAUCCUGAAAGAACUGAAGGAUAUUGAGAACAAUCUGAAUGAUUUAGAGAAGAAAGGGAUAGAGAUGGAGAAACAGCUUCGUCUCUGUGAGCAAGAGGGGGCAGAGGACACCUCAGUGGACGAGUUGAUGGUGGACUGGUUCAACCUGAUCCGACAAAAGCAGGUUUACAUGAGGAGGGAGUCUGAGCUGGUCUACAUUGCAAAGACCCAAGAUUUAGAGGAGCAGCAGCCAGGUGUGGAAGAAGAGCUGCGGAGAUUGAUAGAAAAGCCAGAGCACCUUAAGACUGCUGCAGACAAGAAACGGGAGGAGGAGCUGAUGGAGAAGCUGGUGGAGAUCGUCAAUGAUAGAAACGCCAUUGUGGAAGGGCUGGAUGAGGACAGACUGAGGGAAGAGGAGGAAGACCAGCAGUUGAAUCAAUUGAUGCAGAACUUGGAUAUAAAGAAAGACAAAAACAAGAAAAAGUCUAACAUUAAAAAGUUGUUUGGGUGGAAGAGUAAGAAGGAGGUCGUGGAGGACUGAUCAUUGAGGGAACUGGAUGUACUGGGAAUGUCCUGCAGGCCGUCGUCUCUCUCAUUUCGUCUCUUUGUUUCAACACUCCGUUGCGGCCCUGAGUGCUCCUUCACACUUCAGAAGCAAAAAGGCAGGACGUAAUCGACCAGAGCUUUGCUGAUGUUCCAGCAAAGGGGGGGGGCCCCAUAUUGGUGACAUCCAUGAUGUGCUCUCUGGAACGGCAUAUGUUGGGUCCCCCUAGCUUGCGACGUGAAUCCGCUGCCCAAUGCACAAACAAACGAAUUACUGGCUAAUUACCCACAACAGUGUCACUGUGAGCUGCGAUUCCAUAUGAUUCGGGCGUCUGUGGUAAUCUCAGCGCUUUAAGAUUAAAAGGGAUUUUCGAAUAUCAAACAGACACCGCUUCUAAUUCUGUCGCCUCAGUGAGUCGUCGUGCGCUCAUUCUGCUCACCGUUUCCGAUGAUUCAUUGCACUCCUCAGUUCUCCAGAUUAAACAUGUUUACAAUCUUAGCAAAAUGGAACGCUGGCAGUGGGUCAAACGGCACUUUUUAAUGCACAUAAUCUUGUUUUUGAGUGGUUUUGUAUCCGUUUAAUUCUUUUCUUAUAAUUGGCACUUCAUGCCAGGGCCUAGUUUUGUGUGGUCUGAGAUGAACUCUGAAAAUCAUAAUUUGUCGGCAAUAAAAGGUGUCUUUGGUCUUUAUUGUUGAUUGACACUGGAUAGAGUCUUGUGUUGUUGUCAGCUUUGUUUUCUUUUCAAUGUGGAUCAACAGUAACUGUCUGCAAUCCAGCAGCACAGGAGCACACAUUGUAUGUCACCAUAUACUUUGUAAAGGAGCUAGGAUGUCAUAGUAUUUUUUCUAGUUUUUAUUGCAAAAAGUAGUCCAGAUUAAGCAAUGACAGUGGAAAAGAAGGAAUGUUCCAUGUUGUCUUGAUUCAUAUUGGAUCUGAAAGAAAUAAGCAAUUGAAUGAUAAGGGCCCUCAAACUGGGAAAUUUAAUGUUUGAUGUGAAUGGCUGUAUUUUAAUGAGAAUAACUUUCCAGAGCAGAGUAAAUCAGUGAAGCUGAAUAGAAAAACAGUCCAAAUUGCUUUCCCUGUGUGUUGGUUUGACAAGGAAAUGGUAGUAGGAUUACUAGCGCCAUUUAAUCAGAAGGUGGCAGUGUGGGGUUAAUUGUAGAGGAACCUGACAGCCCAGACUAAAUUGGCCACAGUUCUGUCAUUUAAUUGUUUCACUAGUUUUGUAUGUGAUGCAAAUCCCAGCUCUGUAGAUGCAAGACCAUUAAUCAGUUUGUUAAAGGCGCAUUAAAUCUAGACUGUAAUGAUCUAUUUAUAUUGCUCAUUUUCAUUAAAUUUUUUUCUGCUAUUAUGUUCCAAGUUAGGCGGGAAGUUGUGACAUUGUGUGAACUGCAGUGCAGGCAUUGUCAUUGUAAAGUAUCAUUUUCAGGAUUAGGAGA